CGAGUACUCUUCAGAUAUCGGAACUAACCUACUCGGUAACGUUUUCUUUCUCGAUCUGCAAUGCUGGGUGGCGGUAACUGUUCUUGGACGCAGCUGCGCCCGGGCGUCAUGCUGAUGGCGCUGCUAACUCUAUCCUUAUUAUUUGCUAUACCAAUAUUACGCGAACAGACUCUGCAGCUGCAUGACAAAAUACCGCUUUCCAAGCGUCUUGAAGAUGCUGGGAGGGUUGCGCUUGUUGUUCUAGGCCGCGCGGAUGCCUACGAGGUCUGGCUGGACCUUUAUCUGAACAUGAGCACCUAUCCAUCCGUGGACUUGUACUACGGCACUUACGAUAAGCCUGUAAGGAAUUGCUCUGAUACUCGCCAGCAGCAGGUUCGCAAGAUCUUCUGUACCUUCCUGUCUAACACGACUUGGACAGUGGGGCGUAAUGCGUUGGCAAGGGCCGUUUUUAGGCAACAAAAAGCGAUGGAUACAGUUUACAAAUACUGGUUUUUCGUGGACGAGGACGCUUGGCCCUCCAAGUGUGCACUGUGCGAGGGCCGCGACGACCUCCACAGCUGCUGCUUCGACAUAUUCAUCGAGUACCUGCUGAGGGACACCGUCAACCAUGCGUCAGUUGGUUUUGCUUCCGUUGCUGUACAGCCCGAGUUCCGCUCGCCAAGCGGGCAGCUGUACUUUGGGGCUCCCUUCACUCAGCUUUUCCACGAUUGCGUUGACUCCCAGAUCCAGGCUUUCCAUAUGCAAGCUGUGCCUCUGUUUAUCCCGUACUUUGACCAACUUGAAGACACAAGCUGGUGGGAGAGCCAAGCAUUCCAGUUCUACAUAGCAGCUGGGUGCGUGCCGGGGGCUACCAUUCUGCUCGGAGGCUUCUCAUACGUCAACGAGCACUACGGACACCCUGAUGGGCGAGUCAAGGUUGAGGUUGAGGAGGCCAUCUUGCAGAAAACUGUACCGGGCAUUUACGAUAUGCUUCCGCACUUCGGCAACUCCUCCCAGACCGGCAUCCAGCAAGGUGACUGUGCUGGAGUGGGAGUCCAAGGCUGGCAGAACAGCAGCUACGUGUACCACGGGCACGUGGACAGCGGCUGGUGGCGGAAGUCACAACGGUAUGAAAGGUGCUUGGCGACAAUGAAGCCUAGAUUUGUCCAAUACAUGCAAGGCCGCUGAAGGCUAUGCCAGUUAAGAGAGCAGGCAUUGCAUCAAUUGCGUCCUGGUUUUGGGGCGUCAUAGGUGGUUCAGCUGCAGGUGGGGGGAAGCCCCUGGAUAGGACACGGGUGUACGGCUGUAGAAGGUUUCAUAGUAAGACGGCUCUCUCUGUUGCGAUGGGCUAGUAGCUUAGGUUGUACUUCAGGGGCCCCAAAAUUAUUAGAGAUGCCUUUCCUUGUCUUCGGCGAAUUGGGAGUGCAGGAACAGCUGCGGGUGCGACACGAUGCGAUUCGGCUUUCGCCGUGUACGACACGCGGGCACGGUACGGUGUUGCCAGCCAUGAUGUAUAAUUUCCGGGAAACUCUUACCACAGAUCUGAUGUGACACAUACCUCACCGUUGAUAUAUUAACUAAUAUCUAGCUCGUGGCAGGCCUUGGGACAAGCGUCUGUAAUUCGCGCCAGCUGGAUUAACUUGAAUCUGUUAUAAGCUACGCUACCUUAAAACCAUAACUGUGCAUCCGUAUACUGUAUUCGACGCAUCUAGAUCUCCGGACCUUGCUGCUAGGACACGCUAAAAAUGUCAGCCGACACUGUUCAUGCGGACUACGCGUCGGUCUCCAAGCUGGCCAAGUACCCUUUCGAGCCAUACUGGCCAGAGAAGAAGCUCAAAAUUUGCGUGACCGGUGCGGGAGGAUUCAUUGCUAGCCAUUUGGCGAAGCGGCUUAAGUCAGAGGGCCACUAUAUCGUGGCCUGCGACUGGAAGCGCAACGAGCACUUCGUGGAGGAGGAAUUCUGCCACGAGUUCCAUCUGGCUGACCUGCGCGUGUACGACAACUGCAAGAAGGUGUGCCAGGGCUGCGAGCACGUGUUCAACCUGGCUGCGGACAUGGGACAUAGGUUUCAUCCAGUCCAACCAUUCCGUCAUCAUGUACAACAACACCAUGGUCUCCUUCAACAUGAUGGAGGCGGCGCGCAUCUGCGGCAUCAAGCGCUUCUUCUACGCCUCCUCCGCCUGCAUCUACCCCGAGUACAAGCAGCUGGACACCACCGUGGAGGGCGGCGGCCUGAAGGAGGCGGACGCAUGGCCCGCGCAGCCCCAAGACGCGUACGGCCUGGAGAAGCUGGUGACGGAGGAGCUAUGCAAGCACUACCAGAAGGACUUUGGCAUUGAGUGCCGCGUGGCGCGCUUCCACAACAUCUACGGGCCGCACGGGACGUGGAAGGGAGGCCGUGAGAAGGCGCCCGCCGCCUUCUGCCGCAAGGUGCUCACCUCGGCCACCGAGAUCGAGAUGUGGGGCGACGGCAAGCAGACGCGCAGCUUCACCUUCAUCGACGACUGCGUUGAGGGCAUCCUGCGCAUCACCAAGUCGGACUUCACGGAGCCGCUCAACCUGGGCUCCACCGAGAUGGUGUCCAUGAACGAGAUGAUGGAGCUGGCCAUGUCAAUGGAGGGCAAGCAGCUGCCCAUCAAGCACAUCCCCGGCCCCGAGGGCGUGCGCGGUCGCAACUCGGACAACAAGCUCAUCCUGGAGAAGCUGGGCUGGGAGCCUACCGUGACGCUGAAGGACGGGCUCAGGCUGACGUACUUCUGGAUCAAGGAGCAGUUGGAGAAGGAGAAGGAGCAGGGCGUGGACGCCAGCAAGUACAGCCACAGCACCAUUGUGCAGACCAGCGCGCCAGUGGAGCUGGGCUCGCUGCGGAAGGCGGACGGCGAGGAGGGCUUCUGAGGGCCGCCUGCUCUGCUGCAUGGCCGACGGCGAGGCAUGGCCGCCUGCACUGCUGCAUACGUAUCAGUUGGGUGUCGUGCGUGCGUACCAAGGGCGAGCGGAGCACAUCGACAAUGGGAACUGACAGUUGGGGCGUGCGUGCGUCUUGAUUGGUGCCGGUAUCGGUGGUGAAAGGAUGGGUGGGUGGGUAUGUCCUAUUCGAAAAGAGGUGCCUGGGAUAUUCGUGUGACUGUGCGUUGCUAGAGAGCGUGAUUCCG